AUGUGUGUAUCUAAAUCAAUGAUGAGGGUAUCGGAACCGAUACUGGACAUGGAGAUGGCAAAUUACAGUGAAGUUUUGGACCCAACUUACACAACUUUGGAGUUUGAAACUAUGCAGAUUCUGUAUAAUUCAAAUGAUAGUUCUGUCCCAGAGACAACAAGUAUGAAUACCACAGAUAAUGGUGUCAACUGUCUAUGUGCUAUAUGUGGGGACAGAGCGACAGGAAAGCACUACGGCGCCUCCAGCUGUGACGGGUGCAAGGGCUUCUUCAGACGCAGCAUCCGCAAGAGUCACGUUUAUUCCUGCAGGUUCAGUCGGCAAUGUGUUGUUGACAAAGACAAAAGGAAUCAAUGUAGAUACUGUCGAUUAAGAAAGUGCUUUAGAGCAGGAAUGAAAAAAGAAGCUGUGCAAAACGAACGUGAUAGAAUAAGCACCAGAAGAAGCACAUUUGAUGGCAGCAACAUCCCCUCCAUUAACACACUGGCACAAGCAGAAGUUCGGUCUCGCCAGAUCUCAGUCUCAAGCCCUGGUGUGAGCACUGACAUAAAUAUUAAGAAAAUUGCCAGUAUUGGUGAUGUCUGUGAAUCCAUGAAACAGCAGCUCUUAGUCUUGGUGGAAUGGGCUAAAUAUAUUCCUGCCUUUUGUGAGUUACCACUGGAUGAUCAGGUGGCACUGUUGAGAGCUCACGCAGGGGAACAUUUACUGCUUGGAGCUACAAAGAGAUCCAUGGUGUAUAAAGAUAUUUUGCUUUUGGGAAACAAUUACGUUAUUCACCGCAACAGCUGUGAAGUUGAGAUUAGCCGUGUGGCCAACCGGGUUCUAGACGAGCUGGUCCGACCAUUUCAAGAAAUUCAGAUUGAUGACAAUGAAUAUGCUUGUUUGAAGGCAAUUGUAUUUUUUGAUCCAGAUGCAAAAGGGCUAAGUGAUCCAGUAAAGAUUAAGAACAUGCGGUUCCAAGUGCAGCUGAGUUUGGAGGACUACAUCAACGACAGGCAGUACGACUCCCGGGGCAGGUUUGGGGAGCUGCUUCUACUCCUGCCAACGCUGCAGAGCAUCACUUGGCAAAUGAUUGAGCAGAUACAAUUCGUUAAACUUUUUGGGAUGGUUAAAAUCGACAACUUACUUCAGGAGAUGUUACUGGGUGGUGCUUCCAGUGAGGCUAACCAUCUCCAUCAUCCAAUGCACCCACAUUUAUCUCAAGAUCCAUUAACUGGACAAACUAUACUUUUGGGUCCAAUGUCAACACUGGUUCAUACAGACCAGAUCUCAACUCCAGAAACCCCACUUCCUUCCCCACCUCAAGGCUCUGGACAAGAACCGUACAAAAUAGCUGCAAAUCAAGCUUCAGUCAUCUCACACCAGCCUCUCUCCAAACAGAAGCAAUUGUGAGAAUAUGUUUACUUCUGAACGGCACUGCAUAAAUGUGAAAAGUUGUUGGUCUUGAAAUAUCUCAGGAUAGCACUUUUGGCAAACUCUUAGCCAAGGCUUCUUCAUGGUGCUGUUAUAAGAUGGUAUCCUGUUUUCUUGUUUAUAUGCUCAUUUUGUUUGUUGUUGCUAUUGUUUAAAACCUUUAGAGGCAACCAAUGUAUA